AAAAUAUAGUAGAUAUUAUUUAAUUAAACUUUUUAAAUAUGGCCUCUACUUCUAAAAAACAAUUGAUUAAAAAGAAGGGUGUACCAAAAAUGGAAUUGACUGCUGAACAAAAAAAUGAUAUAAAAGAAGCAUUUGAUUUAUUUGAUCCAGAUGGUACUGGAAGAAUUGCUACCAAAGAACUUAAAGUGGCCAUUCGUGCCCUUGGAUUUGAACCAAAGAAAGAAGAAGUAAAAAAAUUAAUAGCAGAUGUUGAUCCAGAUGGACUUGGUACUUUGUCAUUUGAAGAAUUUUUGAACUUAAUGUCCACAAAAAUGCUAGAAAAGGAUACAAAGGAAGAAGUUUUAAAAGCAUUUCGUCUAUUUGAUGAUGAUAACACAGGAAAAAUAUCUUUUAAAAAUUUAAAAAGAGUGGCUAGAGAAUUAGGUGAAAAUCUUACAGAUGAAGAAUUACAAGAAAUGAUUGAUGAAGCAGAUAAAGAUGGUGAUGGAGAAAUUUCUCAAGAAGAAUUUUUGCGUAUUAUGAAAAAAACUAGUUUGUAUUAAUUUUCCAUGACUUUUAUCUCAGCAAUGAUUACUUUUAAUCUUCAUGUAAUUCGUCCAGAGAUCUUAAAAAUCUCAAUUAUUUGCAAUCAGAAGCUUUCCUGUUCUGAUAAUUAUAUUAUAAUUUUGUUUCACUGUAAUUAAUCUUGAAAGUUUUAUACCAUACAACUUAAUGCAAUAAAGAAGAAGCUAUUUUUAUACAUAAUUUAUUAAA